AUGCUCGAAUCCCCUGCCAGAAAGGCAACGGCCAAUCCCAGAGCUCCAGGAAGUCCGCCAAUAGCCACCCUCAGCACAGCUCCAGAUGAAGACUCAACGGAGCUGCUCGGAGCACCCGUCGCUGAUCCCGUCGAGGUCCCCUCCACGCCCGUCGAGCCCCCAGUCGCCCGCGCGGUCGUCGAGGCCCCAGUAGCAUUAGCAGGCGAAUCAGCACCCGUGACAACCACCGCCGUCGUCGAGGACGACGACGACUCUGAGCCAGCACCGGAAGAGGAGUCUGCGGUAGUCGUCUCAGCAGCCACGCUCGGGGUCGUCGUCGCCGCCGGCGCCAGCGGGUCGGCCGAGAGGAAGCUCGGCGUCGGCGCCGCGGUGCCCGAGUAG